AUGGAAGACACCACAUUCCUGUAUUCAGUUCUGGGCAUUGCUCUCCUGGUUGCCAUAAGCUAUGCUUUGAAACCAAAGUCCCGCAAAAAUCUCCCUCCAACGCCACCCUCUAUCCCAAUUAUAGGCCAUCUCCAUCUCCUCAAGCCCCCAGUUCACAGAAGCUUAUUAACUCUCUCACAGAAGUAUGGCCCAGUGCUUUCCCUUCGUUUCGGCUCUCGUUUAGUCGUUGUUGUCUCGUCCAUUGACGCAGCCGAAGAAUGCUUCACGAAAAACGAUGUCGUUUUUGCUAACCGGCCAGACUUUGCUGUGAGUAAGUGCUUGAGUUACAACCACACCACCCUUGGAGCCGCUCCCUAUGGUGACCACUGGCGAAAACUUCGCCGAGUGAGCGCUCUCGAAAUACUCUCUGCCAAUCGUCUCAACACGAAUUCCGCCAUUCGAAGAGAUGAAGUGAGGAGAUUGGUGAAUAAACUAUCUCAAUCUUCGAGAGAUGAUUUUGCGAGAGUGGAGUUUAAAUCCAUGGUGAAAGAACUGACGCUGAAUAUAACGAUGAGAAUGGUGGCCGGGAAGCGAUAUUAUGGGGAAGAAACAGAUGAAAGCAGUGAAGCCAUGACGUUUCGAGCUAUUGUCGAUGAGCUGUUCGAGUUCAUGUUAGCGCAAUAUCCAGCAGACUUUUUGCCGAUUUUGAAGUAUAUUGAUUUCCAGGGCUUCAUGAAGAGAGCCAAGAAGCUGAUCAAAAGGGUGGAUGCAUUUUGGCAAGGAAUCGUUGAUGAACAUCGAACCAAUCAAAUCCAUAAUCAAGAAAUGGAGAAUAGUAUGGUUGCCCAUUUCCUCAAGUUGCAGGAGUCGCAGCCUCAAUAUUACACUGAUGACAUUAUCAAAGGCCUCAUUUUGACAAUGGUACUCGGUGGCUCAGACACCACUGCGGUGACAAUAGAGUGGGCAAUGUCAAAUCUCCUAAACCAUCCAACGGUACUAAAGAAGGCAAGAGCUGAACUAGAGACCCAACUCGGAGAUCAAUUACUUGAAGAAUCCGAGGUUCCAAAGUUAAGCUACCUAAGAUGCAUAGUCCUCGAAACUCUUCGGUUGUACCCGGCUGGCCCACUCCUACUGCCACAUAAGUCUUCUGCUGACUGUACAUUAUCAGGAUACGACGUGCCACGUGACACGAUCUUAUUGGUGAACGCGUGGGCCAUCCACAGGGAUCCAACAUUGUGGGAAGAUCCAACAAGCUUUAGACCUGAGAGGUUUGAGGGUGGGGAUGGCGAGGCCAAUAGUAAGUUGAUGAUUGCAUUUGGUUUGGGAAGGAGAGCUUGUCCAGGCUCUGGAAUGGCACAUCGCGUGCUGGGAUUGACUUUAGGACUGCUGAUUCAAUGUUUUGAUUGGAAGAGCAUUGAUGGGAAGGACGUCGAUAUGACAGAAGGAAAAGGUGUUAGCAUGCCUAAAGCUGAACCACUUGAAGCACUUUGUAAGCCACGACCAAUCGCUAGCAAGCUGCUGCUUUGAAUCCAUUUUGGAAAACAUUAAAAGGGUAUGCAAUAAAUUUACAGUGUUUAAGAAGAACCUUGCGCGUAUGUAUGCUCGAUUGCUCCAAAUCCAAGUGUUGACGUAAUUAAAUUUAUCAUAACCCAACAGCUUUCAUGUCAUCUAGAAACGUACCACGGAAUGCAUUCUAUCUUAUAUUCUAAC